UAACUGUGAUAAAAAUAAUAACAUUAUACCUAUUAAAUUUUUAAUAGUAUCAAUCAAAAAUCACUAUAAAUUGUAAUGUGUGGACCAAAGAUUUGUUAAAAUUUAUUAUAGAACAAACUUGUCCAUAGCAAGUAGUAAAAUGAUGGAACUAGAUAGGAAAAAUAGUAUAGAUACUAGAAAAAAGCUUGAAAAUGGUUUGCUUCUGCCGAAUAAAUAUCCAUCAGUAACAGUUAAGGUUUCUCAAAAAGAAGGGAGUACAAAUACGGACACAUUUUAUUUGCGUUUUACUGUACUAACAGGAGUAAUUGUAAUGUUAGAAGGAUCUGCGUUAUCAGUUUGGACAUCUCCAGCAGUCAUAAAGCUACAGUCAAACGAUAGUAGUGUGAACCCAUUGGGAAGAUCGAUAACUACAGUGGAAAUUUCUGCUUUACUAGGAAUACCUUCAAUAGUUUCUCUUAUAAGUGCAGGGUUGUUACCAAAGUUAGCAGACAUAAUUGGAAGAAAAAAGAGUUUACAAAUAUUAGGCUUAGGAAUAUUUUUAAGUACAAUAGGAUUAGCUUUUUGUCAGUCUGUCAGCUGGAUGGUUUUUUUUAUUUGCAUUUCUGCAAGUUUGACAGCUGCUGGAGCGUCUAUUCUUCCCAUGUACAUUACUGAAGUUUGUGAAGAUCAUAAUAGGGCAACGUACGGUUGCCUAAUGACAGCUUCUUCUCCAAUGGGUCAGCUCUUAUGCUUUCUGAUUGGUCCGGCGUUUCACUUUAAGCUGUUUACAUUAUUAAUAGUAACUCCUUUAAUUUUCUUUUUGGUAUUCUCCGUGUAUAUUCCAGAGAGUCCCGUUUACUGUUUAUCCAAGGGUAAAAAAGGAGAAUGUAAGAAAUGGCUAAGGAAAUUACGCAGUAAUAAAUCAGAUAAAGAAUUAGAAAUAGACUACAAUGAAAUUUUUCUUAAUUUAGAAAGUUUAAGAAAAACUAAACAAUUUAGUUUAUGGAAACUUCUUGGAGAAAAAGAAGGAAGAGUUGGUAUAACAUUGGCCAUGUUAUGUAUACUUGGUCAAUAUUUUUCUGGUGUACCAAUUGUCAUGUCUUUGUUAGCACCCAUUUUUAAUGAAUCAGGAUCAAACCUUUCUGGAAAUACAAUCGCCAUUAUUGUAGGAACUGUAAAAACGUUAUCUUUUACAUUCACCUCCUUAAUUAUACAGAAGACUGGAAGACGACCGAUGUUGAUUAUUUCUGCUGCUAUGGCUGGUAUACCCAUUUCUUGCCUUGGAAUAUUUUUUUACUUAAAACACUUAAAUUCUCCUAUUGUUCAUCAAUUUCAAUGGAUACCACUUGCAUGCGUUCUAACCUAUAUUAUUAGCUACUCUCUGGGGCUUGGACCUAUACCAUUAUCUACAAUGAGUGAACUAUUUAGUACUGAUGUCAGAUCAACAGGUUUAGCAUUUGUAUCGACCGCAAGUUCACUUAUUAUGUCAUUUUACAUUGCUGCUUACCCUGUGCUUGCAGAGAACUUUGGAAUUUACUCGUGUAUGUGGAUAUUUGGAGGAUCUUGCUUCAUUAACUCUAUUCUUUUUACCUUAUUUUUGCCGGAAACAAAAGGAAAAGGUGAUAGUGAAAUUCAAAAGUUGUUAAAAUACUAUAAAUUUUUUAAAUAAAAUUAAAAGUAAAU